AUGGCAACUAUGAACGAGGUUUUUGCAGGCUACGAGGCACGCCAAGAGGUUCUCAACAACAGCAGCAACCGUUUUGCGAAAGGAAUUGCCUGGGUCGAGGGCGAGCUUGUUCCCCUGCAUGAAGCUCGCAUCCCCCUCCUUGACCAGGGCUUCAUGCAUAGCGACUUGACCUAUGAUGUUCCUUCCGUGUGGGACGGUCGUUUCUUCCGCCUCGACGACCAUCUUAACCGCCUCAUUGCCAGCUGCAAGAAAAUGCGACUGUGUCUGCCGCUACCGCGAGAGGAAGUCAAAAGCAUCUUGGUGGACAUGGUUGCGAAAAGCGGCAUCAGAGACGCAUUUGUGGAGCUGAUUGUGACUCGAGGACUGACCGGUGUCCGCGGAGCUCGGCCACAGGAUCUGCUCAAGAAUAAUCUCUACAUGUUCAUUCAGCCCUACGUCUGGGUCAUGGACCCCGAAGUUCAGCGAAGGGGCGGCGCAGCGAUUGUUGCCAGAACGGUUCGGCGCAUUCCUCCAGGAUCCAUCGAUCCGACUAUUAAGAAUUUGAUGUGGGGGGACCUCGUACGUGGUCUAUUCGAAGCAUCAGAUCGUGGCGCCACGUACCCUUUCCUCACGGAUGGAGAUGCCAAUCUUACCGAAGGAUCAGGUUUCAAUAUUGUACUGGUGAAAAACGGGGUCUUGUACACUCCUGAACGCGGUGUGUUGCUGGGCAUCACUCGCAAGAGCGUUAUUGAUGCUGCCGAGGCCAAUGGUUUAGAAAUCCGCGCGGAGUUCGUGCCCGUCGAGUUGGCAUACCAGGCUGACGAGAUAUUUAUGUGCACAACUGCGGGUGGCAUUAUGCCCAUUAACACGCUGGACGGGAAGCCGAUCAAAGACGGCAACGUUGGCCCAAUCACCAAAAUGAUCUGGGAUACAUACUGGGCAAUGCAUUACGAUGACAGGUAUAGCUUUGAGAUUGAUUUCAGUCGGGGUGGAUAUCAGAAUGGAGUUCACUAA